AUGAUGGCCUCUCCUCCUUCUUGGCUGCCGCCGGAUUUACAUGCUGCUGUUCCGGAACCAGCGGACUUUGCUCUUGUUGGAGUGGAUUAUCUCCGAUUGUCAAGCAAACCCAUCUUCGACGGCGCCAACGGCAUCAUUUACAAGGGAUCCGACGCCGCGAAUACCAAGGUUGUGGUUAUAAAAACGGUGAAAAAGCAAAAGUCUCAAUCCGACUCCUUGUACUAUCGCCUGGUGAUGCGAGAGUACUCAAACUUGAAGAAAUGUGCGGCAUCCAAGUCGGUGGUAGAUGUGUACGCUAUUGCCACCACCAAAGACUCGCCUGAGCUUUCUCUAAUCAUCCAGUUUUGUCCCGUGGGCGACUUGUUGGAUUAUUUGUGCCGGCUCAGAACAAAGAAAAUCAGUAUGCCUUCGAACUUGAAAGAUGCAGUUUUCAAGCAGAUUGUGAAAGCCGUGGACUUUCUCCACCGCCACGAUAUUGCACACCGCGACAUAAAGCCAGAAAACUUUCUCAUUGACGGAAACGGUUUUCUUAAACUCAACGACUUUGGCUGCUCGUUGGACUUGACCCAGAUGGACGAGCAGCUUCCGCUCAACGAUAUCCAUUGUGGUACGCCGUCUUUUAAAUCUCCAGAGUUGUACCAGGUAGAGAAUGAUAUCCAUAGCGGCAAAGAGCCUGACAUUGCGCACAUGGACUUCAAGAUGGUGGACGUGUGGGCAUUGGGGAUAUUAUGCUUCCAGCUUUUUCUCUUGUCUGUGCCAUGGCCACAUGCCAACGCAACGGCCGACGAAAAAAACAUCGUCAUUGACAAGUACAUCCGUCAUUAUCCCGAGAGCGAGAAGGAUUUGGUUAGUUUGGCCAACAAACUCAAUGACCGCAACUUUAGUCUGUCCUCCAAUCCAGCGCUUUCGGUCUUCAAGAAGUUGCACUAUGAAGCACGGCUUGAGCUGUUUCGUAUGUUGAACCCGGUUCCUCUGAAGAGAGACACAACUGAGUCGCUUUUGCGUUCUGCCUGGCUAUCACAAGCGUACGCUGACCCUAAAGAAUUGUUGAAACUUCUUCCCAAGUAA